AUGGCAGAGGCUAUUGGCACUUGUUUGCUUUAUUGGAACUUGGAUCAAAUUUUUACUGUUACUGUUGAUAAUGCUUCUUCCAACGAUGUUACAGUUAGAGAAUUGUCCAAACAGUUAAAUAAUUGGGAAACUAAUAUAAUGAAUGGUAAACAUCUUCAUGUGAGAUGUAUGGCUCACAUACUUAAUCUAAUUGUGCAAGAAGGUUUGAAGGAAAUUGAUGCUUCUGUCAAACGUGUUAGGCAAAUGGUAAGGUAUGUUAGAUCAUCUUCGGCAAGAGGAGCUCACUUUAAGAAAUGUUGUGAAGUUCAAAAGGUGGAAUGUUCUAAAUCAUUAGAGCUAGAUGUGCCUACUAGGUGGAAUUCCACCUACUUAAUGUUGGAUACAGCACAACACUUUGAGAAGGCCUUUGAUAGGUUUGAUUUUUUCGAUGAGAAUUUUAAAACUUAUCUUGCUACUCAUGUUUGUGAAGAUGGAAGUGUUGCAGGUCCUGUCGCAUGUGAUGAUUGGGCGAAUGUAAGGAAUGUGGUAAAGUUUCUUGAAAGAUUUCAUGAGCUCACCGUAAAGGUUUCAGGUUCACAUUACGUUACUUCUAAUGUUCAUUUUGAGGAUAUAUGUGAGCUUGAUGUACAUUUGAAAGUGUGUUUAGAAAGUGAAGAUGUUAGUUUAUGUAUAAUGGCUGAGCGAAUGAGACAAAAGUUCAAAAAGUAUUGGGGGGAUCCCGAAAAGAUGAACAAAAUGAUUUUUAUUGCUUCCGUGUUGGAUCCUCGUAAGAAAUUUGUGUAUGUUAACUUUGGGCUUGAAGAGCUAUUUGGUGAGGAAGUAGGAAAAAAAGUAAGCGAAGGAGUGUAUGAUUAUAUGAAAUCUUUGUUUGGAGAGUAUCUAAAAAAUUAUUCAAGAGAGUUUCAUCAUAAAUCAUCUCCAUCUACAUCUUCUUCAUCUCAAUGCUCAUCUGAUGUAUCUUCUAAUUCUGACGCCUCUUUGAAAAAAAAAGCUUUGAGAACUAAGCUUGACUUGAAAAAACAAAAAGAAGAUUCUGGGUGUGCGGGUGCUAAAUCGGAGUUGGAUAGAUACAUUAGUGAAGAUCAAGAACUUGAAGAUGAACGUGUUGAGUUUUCAAUCUUAGAUUGGUGGAAAGUAAAUGCUCCUAGAUUUCCCGUUCUUUCAGAGUUGGCUUAG